CGCGAGAAGCGCGGCGUCAGGCGUUCAAGGGCAGGAUUUCAUACCCGCGGACGAUGUUUAGUUUAAGUUCAUUUUUGCUAUUCAAUUAGUAUUCCUUUGGCACAAACAUGAUUGGACCUCUCCGCGCGCCUUUAUUACGCAGCUCCAAAAUGAUCCAUCUGCUCGCCGGACUCAUAUGCAUCUACGCACCGACGUGUGUAAAAGUUGUCUACGGACAGAAUGAAAAAGGCGAGCGCUUUCUGUGUACUGCGGUCCCCAUUGACAAGGAGACAAGUUGCCCCGUGCAGUCCCUGCCUGUUCAAAGCGCAUCGGUCCAGGAGGAGGAACUGAGGAACACCGUCAUGCAACUUCGCGAGACCAUUUUACAGCAGAAGGAGACGAUAGUCAAUCAGCUGGGAACGAUUAAAGAGCUGACGUCUAAACUUUCACGGUGCGAGUCUGACUCCGAAACGUUUAAGAAAACGAAUAAGGACACGAUGGACGAUGUGCCUAAAGAUCCAAACGACACCAUUGACGUUCUUGGAAAAACGAUGCAGAGUCUAAAAGAUCGACUGGAAAAUUUAGAGCAACAGCAAAUGCGAGCCAAUAUCUCUGGUGCCUCGUUUCCUAAUGAGCUGAGAAAUCUACUGCAGCGUAGACUGGAGGACUUGGAAAAUCAGCUGCUCAAGAAGGUCAAUGAGCUUGAGGAGGAGAAGUCCCAGCUAUAUAAUGAGACCGUCGCUCAUCGGCAGCGCACUGACAGCACUCUCAACUCUCUCAUGAACAGGAUCUCUGAACUGGAGAAAGGAGGAGCUGGAUUUAAAUCACCAGAGAAUUUCAAGAUCUCCCUUCCUCUUCGCACAAAUUACCUUUUCGGACAAGUAAAGAAAAGCCUGCCGGAAAUGUACGCCUUCACCAUCUGCAUGUGGCUCAAGUCAGGUUCGAGCCCCGGCAUUGGAACCCCGUUUUCCUAUGGAGUCCCUGGACAGGCAAACGAGAUCGUACUGAUCGAAUGGGGCCAUAACCCUAUAGAACUGCUCAUCAAUGACAAGGUGGCACAGCUUCCUCUAUCACUGAGUGAUGGGAGGUGGCACCAUAUCUGCAUCACUUGGACAACCAGGGAUGGGCUUUGGGAAGCCUACCAGGAUGGCCAAAGAUUGGGCUCAGGAGAAAAUCUGGCCCCCUGGCACCCUAUCAAGCAAGGAGGAGUCCUCAUCCUGGGCCAAGAGCAGGCCUGUCGUUUAUGGCCUCAACAGGAUGUAGUAGGGGGGCGCUUUGAUGCCACCCAGGCCUUUGUGGGGGAACUGAGCCACUUUAACAUCUGGGAUCGGGUCCUGCGCUCCACGGAUAUCAUUGCCAUGUCAAACUGCUCGUCCUACAUGCCUGGGAACGUGGUGGCCUGGACCGACAGUAACAUUGAGGUGUUCGGUGGAGCAUCAAAGUGGCCGCUGGAGCUAUGCGAAGAUCGGCUAUUCGACAAUUAAAGGUGUUUGCGGAUAUUGGCGAUUAACUCACCCUCAAGCCAUAUUAGAUGUAUAUGGAAGUUCUUCUUUGAGCAUACAAUCAAGUUUUUGUCUGAAAGAAGAACGUUAGGAUGGCUUAAGGAUGAGUAAAUAAUAGGGUAAAUGUCAUUUUGGGGGGUGAACUAUCCCUUUAAAUCCUCGUUAUUCUCAAAAAAGAUCAAUCGCAAAUUAGCAAAUAGUUAUAGAAACAUCAGUGGUAUAUUUAAAUAUGCUCAGAUAGAUUACAAAAAAGCAGGUAAAUGUAACAUUUAAGUUGAUAUAUUUGUGGCUAAAGGAAAUUUUGCCAUUGCAAAACGUAUUGUAUCAAAUGGUACUUCCAUGGUACUCUGAUAAAUACUGUAAUCACUGAAUGAUUAUCAUAAGUGUAUUUGCAUUAUAAUCCAUGGUACAUUACCAUGUCACCACAAAACCACACGUGCGUAUGCAUAUCCUGUUGGAGUACAGCUGCAUUCACAGCAUGUUGGAAUUACCAGAAUUAUGAGAUUUGUAAAAAAGUGCUCAUGUCCUCGUAGAAUUCAUAACUGCAACUUGCAAGCUCCGAUUUGUUUCACUUGUCAUUUGGAAACACUAUAAAUGGCAGCAGCUUCAGAAGUAAAAUGUAGUUAAACAGUUUUUCCUAAGUACCUACUGUUCAUUUUUUUAAUAAUGCAAGAAUAAUCUGUAAAUACAAAUAAUUUAGCACAGAGUAAGCACUGAAUAACUUUCUAAUGCCCUACUGAAUGAACUAUAAGAUUAUCAAUAAGGCAUUCGCAUUACCUUUUGUAUUGUGGUUUUGUCUGUUGAUUACUCAAAGUACACAAAUUAAUUUCAGAGGACAUGAACAGAUCUAAGCAGGACAUCCUGGGUUGUCAUCUAGAAAUGUUUAUUACAACAUUGCGUAAACUCGAAAACUCAAAAGUAUUUAGAUAAAAAAGGAGUGUACUUGAAUGUGCAUUGCUGCCCUUUGGUCUUAGAGAGCCUAAUGUAACAUGCUAAUAUUUCAUUACAAAGCGAUUUUUAUUUAAGAAUAAGGUUAUACAUUACAUAAGAGGAACAUUUUUGUAUGUUAUGUUGUAAGACAUCACACGAAUGAGUUUAUAACAUGGUUAAAGCACCAUUAAUCUUUCUUUUUAAAUCUGUCAGAGAUUGUUAUAAAUAGAUAUUUAUUUAACUCUUAUAUUACUCUUUUUAGAGUCUAAAGCCCAUCCUCUGUUUACACUGACUGAAUUACCCAUUGAAGAUUAUAAACGCUUUAACACUGUCAGAUAUUUUGAAGAACUGUGUUAUGUGAAUUAUGUUGCAUGGUCUGUUUCUUGAAAUAUAUUAUCAUAUUUUUAUACCCUGUUUUUAAAAAUGAAGCAUUUUUCAGAUAUGUAGUGUUGUUUUGUUUGUUAUGGAAUGUCAGGAUACCCUAAUGUUGUUUAAAAGCCUUUUUUUGUUUACCGUGCCAAUAAUUCAGGGAUUGCUUGACACUGCUAACCUGUGAUUGCCAAUGAAAAAUAAAGUUCGCUUAGAAGUCUU